AUGGCGAAAUUAACUCAUGUCAUGUGGGGUUUGUCUUCAAAUUUUGCAGCAAAUCGGUAUUUCUCUCGAUUGUUGGCCUCACCAUGGUACAAUGUAUCCAUGGUUACAUCAUCCCGAGGAGUAUCAACGAAAGCUGCUGUCAAAUCUACAGAUGAUUUGAUUAUCAGUGACAGCUGUGUAAAGCGUUUAAAAGAAAUAGCCGACGAUGGCACAUGUUUGAGAAUUACUGUAGAAGGUGGUGGUUGCUCUGGAUUUCAGUACAAAUUUGAUUUAGAUCCAAAUAUACAGGAAGAUGACAGAAUAUUUCAGAAGGAUGGUACUAAAGUAAUAAUAGACUCGACAUCGUUAGAAUACGUGAAGGGAUCAACGAUAGAAUUCCAUACGGAAUUAAUACGAUCUGCCUUUAGAAUAACGAACAAUCCUUUAGCCGAACAGGGAUGUAGUUGCGGUGCUAGCUUUGCUAUUAAAAUAGAAUAGAUGAUGGAUGUACAUAUUAUUACAUUGUUCAAUGUAAUAUGUACCGGCUUGUAAUUUAGUAUUAAUUUCGAAACAAUUUACCGAAGAUUAAUUAUACUUUAUUUAUAGUUAGUAUGCGCAAGGCAAUACAUACAAUUGCUUUGGCGAAUAUACAUUAAUUUUAU